AUGGGGACACUUGGCUGGCCUGAGGUCCAGAGAAUAAGCCCGAUGCCAACAAGUUUUCUGGGCAGUGCCCUUCGGGGCACUUUUUUCUUGGCCUUUGGCCUGUGGUGGUCGGUGCGGUACCCCCUGAAGUACCUUAGCAGGAAAGGUGAUGCCGAGGGCCAGCCGGGCCGUGGGCGCACAGAGCUCUUUGAAGGCGCGGUCAAAGCUUUCUUUGCUCUCAUAGGGAUACUGGUGGAGCAGUUUGUCCCCACUGGUCCCCACCUGCAGCUGUACAGCCCCAAGACACACAGCUGGACUGACCUCACCCAUUGGCAGUACUCCACAAUCUACCUCUUCUUCCUCCUCUCCGGCAUCACCGACAUGGUCUCUCACUCCCCGCUCAAGCUGCCCCCUGGUUUGGAGCAGCUCUCGCUGUCCCUGGCUCUGCUUGUGGAAGGUUUGCUCUUCUGUUUCCGUGACUACAGCAAUGCUGUGCUGGACCAGCACCUCCACUCCCUGCUGGCUGUGGCUAUCUUUGCCGGAGCCCUCUGUGCCUUCCUAGAGGUGUUCCUCCGAGACCAUAUCAUCCUGGAGACCUUCAGAACCAGCUCCUUCCUUCUCCAGGGCUCUUGGCUUUGGCAGAUGGGGUUUGUGCUGUCCCCUCCAUGGGGAAGACCAGGCUGGGAUGGCAGUGACUCCAGCAACCUCUUGUUUCUCACCACGUGCUUCUGCUGGCACUACAUCGGCGCUCUCGCCAUUGUGGCAACCAAUGCUGCUGCAUCCCGCUGCUGCAAUGAGUCCUGCCAGCUGAAAUUUGGGGACAUUGACGUGGAGUUGGACUGUGGCUUGUGCCUCCAGAGAGGGAAGAAGAGCUCCAGUGGCGCCUUGCUGCCAGAGAGCAGCUUGGAUGACAAAUGA